AUUUUUUUAUUUUAAAGAAACUUUCCGGUUGAGUCGCCAUGUCUUUCUUUAAUUUCCGUAAAAUAUUCAAACUGGGAGCCGAGAAGAAAAAGAAACAAUACGAGCACGUCCGGAGGGAUGAGAACCCGGAGGAGGUCUGGGAGAUCAUAGGGGAGCUGGGGGAUGGAGCCUUUGGGAAAGUGUUCAAGGCUCAGAACAAGCAGACGGGCGUCCUCGCCGCCGCCAAAGUUAUCGACACAAAGACGGAGGAGGAACUGGAGGACUACAUGGUGGAGAUCGACAUCCUGGCCUCUUGCGACCACCAGAACAUCGUCAAACUGCUCGAUGCCUUUUAUUAUGAAAGCAAGCUGUGGAUCCUGAUCGAGUUCUGUGCCGGGGGCGCCGUGGAUGCCGUCAUGCUCGAGCUGGAGAGACCCCUGACGGAGCCGCAGAUCCGGGUGGUGUGCAGGCAGACUCUGCAGGCGCUCGACUACCUUCACGAAAACAAGAUCAUCCACCGAGACCUGAAGGCGGGAAACAUCCUGCUCACGCUGGACGGAGACGUCAAGCUAGCUGACUUUGGCGUUUCUGCCCGGAACACAAAAACGCUGCAGCGUCGGGACUCCUUCAUUGGAACUCCUUACUGGAUGGCUCCAGAGGUGGUGAUGUGCGAGACGUCCAAAGAUCGACCCUACGACUACAAGGCUGACAUCUGGUCCCUCGGAGUCACCCUGAUCGAGAUGGCGCAGAUCGAGCCGCCCAAUCACGAGAUGAACCCCAUGAGAGUCCUGCUGAAAAUAGCCAAGUCCGACCCCCCCACUCUGAUGCAGCCGUCACGCUGGUCCCCAGAGUUUAGUGACUUCCUGAAACGAUGUCUGGACAAGAACGUGGACAACAGAUGGAGCACGGCGCAGCUUCUCCAGCACCCCUUCGUGUCCUCUGUGAACGACAGCAAACCUCUGCGGGAGCUGAUCGCCGAAGCCAAAGCCGAGGUCACCGAGGAGAUCGAGGAGCACAAGGAGGAAGAGGAGGAAGAGGAUGCAGAGCAACAGCCUGGCCACAAACGAGCACCAUCCGACGUCAGCGUCGCCAGCUCCGAGGAUGAGAAGAUCCCGCUCUCUCCUUCCAUCUUGGAGUCGGUUCCAGAAAAACUGGAGCAGAUCCUGCAGGUGCCGGCACAGCCAGAACUUCCCGAGACCAACCAUGUGGAGAACACCAGCGAGCAAGCUGCUCCCGAGGAACAAACGGAGGAAAAUUCUGAUGCUCGAGUGAAGGAAGACGAAGAGAAACCAGCAGUGAAAGAGGAGGAGGAACCUCCAGAGGCAGAGCAUGCUGUCGCCUCACCAGAACCAGAACCUUCAGCAGAACCUCCCAACAAAGAGCUGCAGCAGCUGCAGAUAGACGUUGACGAUGAAAAAGAGGUGGACACAGCUGAAGCUCCAGAGCACGUCGAGGCUUCUGAGAUUCCUCAUGAGGAAAACACGCCAGCAACAAGUCCAGCUGAGGAAGAGGAGGACAAAGAGGAAGAGCGAUACAAACAGCCCAAAGUGACUCUGACUCUUCCAGAGAAAGACGACACAGAAAUGAAAGAAGAAACAUCCAAGGAGGAGAAGGAGGUUCAAAACAUCGACUCUAGGAGCGGAUCGGCCGCAGACGGCAGCAGCGUGGACCUCAACCUCUCCAUCUCCAGCUUCCUGUCCAAAACAAAAGAACCCGGAUCCGUUGCGAUGCAGGACGCCAAGAAAAAGAAAACCCUCAAAAAGACCCGCAAGUUCAUCGUGGACGGCGUGGAGGUCAGCGUGACGACGUCCAAGAUCAUCACGGACAACGACACCAAGAACGAGGAGAUGAGAUUCCUCAGGCGUCAGGAGCUGAGGGAGCUGCGCCUCCUGCAGAAGGAGGAGCAGCGAGCGCAGCAGCAGCUCAGCAACAAGCUGCAGCAGCAGAAGGAGCAGAUCUUCAGACGCUUUGAGCAGGAGACCACGAGUAAGAAGCGUCAGUACGACCAGGAGGUGGAGAACCUGGAGCGGCAGCAGAAGCAGACCAUCGAGAGGCUGGAGCAGGAGCACACCACCCGGCUCCGGGACGAGGCCAAGCGCAUCAAAGCCGACCAGGACAAGGAGCUGUCCAAGUACCAGAACAUGCUGAAGAACCGCAAGAAGGAGGAGCAGGAGUUCCUGCAGAAGCAGCAGCAGGACCUGGACUCCGCACUGAAGAAGAUCAUCCAGCAGCACAAACACGAGCUCGCCACCAUCGAGAGGGACUGCCUCAACCACAAGCAGCAGCUCCUGAGAGCGCGGGAGGCCGCCAUGUGGGAGCUGGAAGAGCGCCACCUGCAGGAGAAACACCAGCUUUUCAAACAGCAGCUGAAAGACCAGUACUUCAUGCAGAGACACCAGCUGCUGAAGAGACACGAGAAGGAGAUGGAGCAGAUGCAGCGCUACAACCAGCGACUCAUCGAGGAGAUGAAGAACAAGCAGACGCAGGAGAGAACGCGGCUGCCCAAGAUCCAGCGCAGCGAGGCCAAGACGCGCAUGGCCAUGUUCAAGAAGAGCCUGCGCAUCACCGCCGUCGGCAUCUCCCCCGAGCAGGAGAGGGAGAGGGUCAAGCAGUUCGCAGCUCAGGAGGAGAGGAGGCAGAAGAACGAGCGUCUGCAUCAGCACCAGAAGCACGAGAACCAGAUGAGAGACCUCCAGCUGCAGUGUGACGCCAACAUCCGGGAGCUGCAGCAGCUGCAGAACGAGAAGUGCCACCUGCUGGUCGAGCACGAGACGCAGAAGCUGAAGGAGCUGGACGAGGAGCACAGCGUGGAGCUGAAGGAGUGGAGGGAGAAGCUCCGACCCAGGAAGAAGGCUCUGGAAGAGGAGUUCGCCCGCAAACUGCAGGAACAGGAAGUCUUCUUCAAGAUGAGCGGCGAGUCCGAGUGCCUUAACCCGUCCACGCAGAGCCGCAUCUCCAAGUUCUACCCCAUCCCCAGCGUCCAGUCCACCGGCUUCUAGGUGAAACCGUCCUUCCUCUGCCUCUCCAGCGUUUGAUGAAGAGCUCCGUGCCUCAUGAAGUUUGACUGUUGAGUCCGAGUCUCUCGGCUUCAGACUUUUCCACAAAAGACAAAAGAAGCCGUUUUGGGGAUGUAACACUCUUGAGAGACUUGGCUUUUAGUUUGCAAUGCAAAAACAGGAUUUGAAGCUGAUUUUAAAAAGCACAAGAUUCUUGGUUUUCAUGCAGACAACACCGAAACAAAUUUAAAGCGACCGUGUUGUUAUUUUCUCCAAAAGUGUAAAUCCGUAACGCUCCAGGUGAGCCGUUAUUUUAAAUUAAAACUCAAGCAGGUUUUUCUCUUUUCCUCUUUUUAUUUCAAAGUCACACUGAUUUAUUUUAAACCGGUUCAUUUUUAUUGCAUUUUCUUUAGAAUUUAUUUACAAAAACAAGAAAACAUGAAGGAACAGUGAAGCAAACAAACUAAUAAUUACAAACCAGACGGGCUUCCUAAACUCUAAAUGUUUGCAAAAAAAAAACAUGGUGCGUUUUUCAAACAUGUAUAGUUUCUAGACUUCUUGUAAUGUUGGUUUUGCUGUAAAUAAAGUAUUUACCUCAA